CGACUCGCUCGGAGGUUCAGCACCCCAGCAGUCUCUCCGUCGAGCGAGCCACUCACCUAGUUGAGUCUUUUCCAGAAUGGUGAUGAUCGUUCGCUCCGUUGCGCUCGGCGCCGCGAUUGCAGCAGCUUCGACGCUUCUGAUCCAGUCGGCUCCACUCGAGUCCAACCCGUACACCCCCGUUGAGCUCAACGCGCCGCUGAAUGCAUCACACCCAGCCUACGGUGCCAAGCCCAAUGAUGACUGUGCCAAGCCGAUCAUACCUGUCGACCCCAACGAAGCUCACGCCAAGUCAAUGACAGUGAAGAACGAUGUGGCGUACAGGAAGCUGCGCGUGAUGGAGGAUUCGUCCUAUUCAGAUAUUGAUGAUCUCUCGUCAUACUUCGGCGAACAACUGGAGGUUGGCUUCAAGGUAUUGAAGGGGCAAUUUCCUCACGCCACGGCUCCAAACACGCCAUGGCCCAGCAGCUACUGGCCUACCUUUCAGGACAGUAUCAAUCAUGUCUGGAAAAGCGGAGAAGCUUGCCCGUCGGAGAAGUACGCCAAGGCUUAUGGCCUAGAUGUCGGGGACUUUAAAGACAAGAUCUCCACCAGCAACGGUAUCGAUUCGAUCAAGAACGCUAAAUCGUGCCGUACGAAAGCGGACUGUAAUGGCAGCGGUGAGUGCGCUAUGCGAGAUGGUACUUCAACCGGGCGCUGCAUCCCAUCAUGGUACGGCCUUUGCCACGCAUGGGCACCGGCAGCUCUCCUCGAGCAGGAACCCAAGUGCAACGUUGAGUUGAACGAUGUGAACUUUCGCGUGCUCGACAUCAAGGCGUUGCUGACGGAAGUUUACGACGGCGCUCAGAUCUCAACCGUGUUCACUGGUGCUCGGUUCAAUGGCCCAGACAAUGCUGGAGAUGUGGACCAGUUCGGACGGUUCACGAAGCCCGCCCGCCGCGAUUUGGGAGCUGGGUUCUUCCAUAUCGCCAUCAGUAACAUCAUGGGCAAACACCAGACAUCUCUCAUUAUGGACGUAGCGGCAGACUCUGAGGUCUGGAAUCAGCCUGUGUGGUCGUACAAUGUGCAGACGAUGGAGAUUGUCGAUACUGCAAAAGCAUGCGAGACACACUUUGGCACGUCUUCAUACCCGUUUAACUCCGGUAUGGUGCAUCUAGCGUACGUCAAGACUACAGUCACGUGGGCUGUAGAGACAUACAUCGACGGCGCACUGGUGUCCACAGGCAAAAUGGGUCAAUUUACAGUGUCGAACAACUACGAGUAUCUCUUGGAGCUCGAUUCUGACUACAACAUUAUCGGCGUCACGAGUGUGGGUCUAAGCUACGCAGAUGUGCAAGAGCUACUGGAACUAUCAAUUGCAUGCAACUCAACGAGUACGGACUCCGAAGAGGCAUCGCACAGUGGAGAUGAGUCUACGGAAGCACCAUUAAAGUCAAAGGACACCACCGCAGGGAAAAGUGAUAAAAACAACGGAAAAGGAAAGAAAGAAGCCGAAGCUCCAAGCAAAACACCAGAGAGUACCAUCGAAGAGAAGACGGAUGCCCCGGUUUUUACGACCGCUACCCCGACGGAGGAGACGUACGGCACGGAUGCGCCGACGCCUGCGCCGACCGGAACUGAGGGCGAGUCCGAGGAGACGCCGGUGCCCACUUCACCCGAGCAGCAGCCCUCCACGGAUGCCCCGGUUUCUACGACCGCUACCCCGACUGAGGAGACGUACGGCACGGAUGCGCCGACGCCUGCGCCGACCGGAACUGAGGGCGAGUCCGAGGAGACGCCGGUGCCCACUUCACCCGAGCAGCAGCCAUCCACGGAAGUCCCGGUUUCUACGACCGCUACCCCGACUGAGGAGACCCGCUCUACGGGAUGCCCCGGUUUCUACGAUCGCUACCCCGACUGA